AUGAUUUUUGCGACGACCGAGAACCCGUCGUUCAGAUUAACGACGCCUCUCCAGUCGCGCUGCAGAUUACUAAAACUAAACCGACACGACCCAGAAGAUCUGAAACGGAUCCUAGAACGAGCAUUAGAGAUUGAAAAGAAAUCAUCACUUGAUGAUGUUGCGAAUAAAGUUGAUUCACAGAUGAUUGAUCUCUUGGCUAAUGUGGCUGAUGGGGACGCUAGAGUCGCGUUGUCUAACCUCGAACUUAUCCUGCUUGCGCUUAAACAAAAACCUGAUUUGGGUCAUCAGGAACUUAAAGAAAUCAUCGGGAAUAAAUUCCUCCUUUAUGAUCGGAAUGGUGACAAUCAUUACGAAUUGAUUUCUGCUCUUCAUAAAAGCGUCCGAGGAGGGGACGCUGAUGCGGCACUUUAUUGGCUAGCAAGAAUGUUAGGCAAGUUGUUUUGCUUGGUGUUUUCAAAUGAUCAGUUUUGA